AUGGAUCGAGUCUGGCGAAUGAUGGUCCCCUCCGUAAACCGCAGCCCGCUGCCGACGGCAUUCGUCGUCAAGCUGGCAAGUUCCGUUCGCGUUGCGGACUCGCGGUUUACCCCGGAAGUUUUCGGGCCUUCCCCAGAGCUCCCCUCAGCCGAGGCUCAAAUGCUUCAGUUCCAUUCCCCACAGUUUUCUGCAGGACCGAAUCUUGACCACCGCCUUCCUCGACACGACGCUAGACUCUGGACCAUGCAAAGAGUGACGCUGAUAACCUUGUCUUUGUUGCUUUUUCUUUGUCUUUCUCUUUUUCUUGUGGCUUUCUUUGGAUUUUCGUCUUUCACGCGUCAAAUAAGGGGAAGAGACGACAUGGUACCAUGUGCCAAUGUGGGGAAUCUAUCCAGCAUGGGGUCCAGUAGUAUGGAGCUGCGACGAUGGAGUCAUGGAUGGAGGCUGCGCUCUUUUCUACCGAGUAUCGGCGGUCGACGUGACGGUGAUUGA